GGCUUAGUGAUCAUACUGUGGUAAAGUUGAUUGGAAAAAAACCGACUAAGUCUGGUGAAAAUUUGACUAUGACAUGUGAGGUGGAAGGGACUGAUCCCAUCUCGAUUCAGUGGUUUAGAAAUGGUGAUGGCCUCAAAACAGCAGGUAAAAUUCAAACAACUGGUCGAGACCUAGUGGUUCUCAAUGUUAACCCUCUCGAUAAUGGAAUUUAUCGGUGCCUUGCUACCAAUCCGUCUGGAACUGUCAACAGUAAAAAUACUGACAUAAUCACUGUGCCUGGAGAACAGUGGGCACAAAUAGUGGUUCCACCUGAAGAUACAAUUACUAAAGAAGGGACCAAUGCUCGUUUUGACUGUGUCUACAAUUUUGCAGAUGUUAUUGAAUGGUAUUAUAAGCAAAAGGGACCUCUUGAAAAUUCUACACAUUACUCUGUUUUAACAAAUGGAUCUCUAGUAGUGUUAGGUGUAACUAAACAAGAUGAAGGCCUAUAUUCAUGUGUUGGAAUAAGAGGCGAAAGUACAGAAGUCCCACAAAUAUUUUCAGCUCAGUUGCACUUAGCGUAUUUGAAAGAGGCCGAUGACCAAACAUUGGAACCAUGGGAAGGUGGUCUGCGCUUGGUGGCUGAGGAUUCUGAUAAUGAAAUUGGAUGUGUUGGAUAUGGACUUCCUACUCCGACUGUCACUUGGUCGAGAGGAGGAACUGGAAAUUUGCUCAAGCUGAAAUCUGUUUCAAAAGCUGACCAAGGAAACUAUACUUGCACCAUCUCAAAUCUAGCCGGAACAACCACAGCUACGGUUAAAAUAGUUGUAACAACACGCCCUUUCAUUGAACAGAAUCCUAUUCCAGUCAUAGUCGAUGAAGGCAACGAUGCAUUAUUUCAUUGUGAAUUCUCAGGAAACCAUAAAUAUAGUACAGUCAGUUGGUAUAAAGAUGGCACCCUUAUAAAACCUGGUUCAAGAUUUAUUGAAAAAAGAGGAUUCUUAAAUAUUACUCAGACGCAACCAUUAGACGAAGGAGAUUAUUUAUGUGUGGUUACUACAAAACCAUAUCCUCCUAUUUUCUCUAGCCCAGCAUCACUCACAGUGAAAGAAAAAUUAAAAUUUGCUCCGAAACCUGUUAGUACACAUUUGGAACUUGGUACACCAAAAAAAGUUCAUUGCAAGGCCCAUGGAGCUACUCCUCCUUUUGUCAAAUGGAUAAGGGAAGGAUAUGGUGAAGGUGAAUUUCCGAGUCACAUCUCUGAUAUUAAUGGAACUUUACACUUUAAUAAAGUACAGGCAGAUGAUAAAGGAAAAUAUACUUGCAUUGCCUCAAACUUUCAAGGCAUCAUCAAUGCUACAAUCGAUAUAGAUGUUGUUGUCAGUCCCAAGUUUACUGUUCUUCCGCAAAAUCCAACAUAUGUAUCAGAGAACUCUAUUGUUAUAAUGGAUUGUAUGGCAGAAGGAGAUCCAAAACCAGCUAUACACUGGGAUAAGAACUCAGAUAUGGAAAGCUUCGACAAAACUCGUUUUACUGUUCUGGAAAAUGGUUCUCUUCUAAUAACAGAUGUUUUGAUCUCUGAUGAAGGAAAAUAUGGAUGUACAGCUGGAAACAGUGGAGGAUUAAAGAGAUAUGAAGUUUCUCUUAUUGUUCGAGGUUCUGAAGGUUAUAGAGUCACUGAUGGUAGUGACAGUGACAGCGGUGCAGUCUUGAGUAAAACAGUGGCAGUAACUUUAGGUGCAGCAGGAGCCUACAUGGUACUUGUGAUCGGCCUUAUGGCAUAUUGUAGAUGUCGCAGCCGUAGAAACAAACAAGCUUCUCUUGAUCAUCCAGAUGCUGUCUGUGAUGUUCUUAUAGUCCCUGGUGAUGGUGGUGAAGGAGGAAACGAGAGAAAAGGAAGAAAUGGUGAUCUGGUCGUCCAGAGUGAUGGUGAUGUACCAAACCACUCGCAUACUUCCAACCAUUCGAGCAAGUAUGGGAAUUUACCAGUGACUCGAGAUCAGCUAUCUAAUAUGAUGGUUUUAGGUCGAGGUCAAUUUGGCGAGGUUUGUCUUGCUCAGGUCACACAAAGUGAGUCAGUUGUUAUGGUGAAAGCUCUGCAAGAAACCAGAGAUGAAGCAGUGUUAAUAGAAUUUAAAAGGGAACUAGAUCUGUUCGGAAGGGUGGACCAUCCGAACGUUGCUAAGCUCGUCGGUCUUUGUCAAGAACAAAAUCCUCACUACAUGAUUCUUCAGUACACAGAUUGGGGAGACCUCAAGCAAAUGCUUUUGGCUUCUAAGGCAGAUCGGAAAGACAAACCUAAGCCACCAGAAUUGACACCACGAGUCUUAUUGGGUCUGGUACAACAAAUUUGUCUUGGAAUGGAAUCUCUUUCUAAUCACAGAUUGGUCCACAAAGAUUUAGCUGCUAGAAACUGUUUAGUUGCAUCUGAUUUAACAGUCAAAGUAUCUCUUUCUGCCCUUUCAAAGGAUGUGUACCGCAAAGAAUAUUUUCUUCAUCGAAAUCAAUUACUACCAGUCAGAUGGUUGCCCUAUGAAGUCGUUUCAGAAGAUGAUUAUUCAACAAAAUCAGAUGUUUUCUCAUUUGGUGUAACUGCUUGGGAAAUUUUCUCUCUUGGAAAUUUGCCUCAUGGUGGGAGAUCUGACCAGGAAGUUCUUUCAAGUCUGGAAUCUGGUGACAAUGCACUUCCUUUGCCAUCAUCAUCACCUGAGGCAUUGCAAUUACUAAUAGAUAAAUGUAGAGCUAAGUGUCCAAAUGAUCGUCCAGUGUUCUCAACAAUUGCCCUUCAACUUGCCGAUAUUAUUAAUCAAAUCGACUGAAAUUAAUCUAUGUUCCUUUUAUAUGAUUGGAUGUGUCUUUAUAUGUAUUUAGCUAAAUGCAGUUUUGAGUAUUUUUUCAAAUUUUAUAAUAUAUUUCCUAACAGUUAUUUAGGAUAGAUUUCAUAAAAUAGGUUUGUUUUUUAAUUUUUAAUGUGUAAAGUCUGUAUUAUUCAUUUUUAUGUCUGUCCAUUAAGUUUGGUUGAAAUGUAUGGGCUUCCAAAAACGUUUUAUGAUAUUUUCUUUAUUGAUAAAAACACUUGCUGAAAACUCUAUAAGAAGAAGUAGCCCAACAUGAAAAAACAAAUUGAAUAUUUCAUUUUUUUGAAGAGUGAUUAUAAAACAAAACAGAAAUUUACAUAAUUAAGACAUUCAUCCUACCAAUGUUAUUAUUUAUUUAUAUCAACUUAAAGUUUCGAUGCUUAAAUUUAUAUAGAUAGAUAAUUUUGAUUGAUGAAUGCUUCAAUGUAAUUAAAAAAAUGUAGUAUAUAUUUAUUUGCUGGACAUUUAUUAUAUUGCCUCACAUGUACAAGACAUGAGUAAAAAAAAUUCAUAAAUUCCUAAGUAUUCUGAAUGUGACCAUGAAAAAAUCAUGAAUACAAUUUGGAAAAUACUGUUUUAUUUUGAAUUUUAAUAUUAAUUAUACAUAAAAGAGGAUUGAAGGUUACAACCAAUUCUUACCAUAUUUUGAACUAAAACUGGUUUAACAACCCAGUGAUGGCUGUUGUUUGUAAAGAGUUUUUUUAAAUAAUUAAGAAGCAUUGCAGUGGAGAGCCAGAGAUUAACGUUUGCAUUUAAUAACUUUUUUGAUUGCGAUAUACCUAUAGUUAUAAGAUGUCAAAAAAGCUUUAUUGUUACUUCUUUAUUAAAUAAAAGUGAAUGUGAUGAUAGCAUUUGUCAAAUAUAUUGUAAAUUAAUGUUAAUACUUCUCAAACACAAAAUUCUAAGUCAGAGGCACAUGUUUCGUUGUAGAUAUUGCGCCUGUUUUCGAAUAAUCUUUAAUAUAAUAAUUUUGAAUAUGGGAUUUAAAAAAUCAAUGUAUCAAUGUAGUAAACGAUUUUUUUGCAAAUAUAUAAAUGUUUUUAUGUAUGAAAUAUUUUAUAUUAAUUUCUAGUCAACUUGUUUAUAUGUAUUUUGUAUGAAAUAGAGAAUAAUGUUCUGAUUCACAUUGUGAAUUAAACAUUUUUAUGUAAAUGUAAUUUUGAAUUGUUUAUUUAAUAUGUAUUUUUGACUUAUUACUAUUAAUUAUAGUGAUGUUUGUUUUGUAAUAUUUAGUGUUCGAAAUCCAAAAAGCCUAAGAGCACUGUAAAUAUAUUUUAUCAUGUGUACAUAUCAUUUAGUAUAAUGUAAUUAAUAAUUUUGUAUGUCUUUUAUACAUUCAAAUUAAAUUGUGUUAAUGUGUUUUUUAUUAUAACAAUUUUUUUUCUUGAAAAAAAUUUACAUUUUCC